CACUUCCAUCCGCCGCCUGUACUGUACCCGGCUGAACUGUGACAUCGACGCCGGGGCUUUUGUUCCAUCUCCUUCUGGACCGAAAUACAAACAACGCGAGCGGGCGGCUUCCCAUUCCCGGUCACCAUCACUAUCCGUCUCUGACCGGCCGACCUGUCUGCCGCCUCUCCCGGCGCUGUCUCCCCCCGCCCGAACGCCAGCGAAACCGACAUGUUUGGUUGUUUACAACCGCUGUCGAAUGGAAUAUAACUGAGGCUGAAGGAACUGAAGUGCUUCAAUCUAAAUCAAGAAUAUGCGAGAAAAAAGAAAUGAUUCUGUAGACUUCGUCAAGGAUUUCCAGGAGUAUCUCACUCAACAAACACAGCAUGUAAACAUGAUUUCGGGUUCUGUUUGCAAUGAAAAAGAACCAGAAUUACUUCAGCCUGGUUAGACAUGGCUUGGAAACAAUGGGAGCCCAUUCAUCUGAAAGGAGAGGGAUAGUCUUGAGAAAGAAAGCUGGAACAGAAAAUCAUCAAAAUGGAAUCCAUCAUGCAUCUGUGGAAGUUUCCCUUGAUGAUGGCUCUGGGAUGAUAGGAGAAGGGCCAGAAAGAACAGCUGAUGGAAAGUUGAAGUGUCAGUACUGUAACUAUGCUAGCAAAGGGAUAGCACGACUGAUGGAGCACACCAGAAUGCAUACAGGUGAGAAGCCCCACAGAUGCCAUUUAUGUCCGUUUGCAUCAGCUUACGAGCGUCAUCUGGAAGCACACAUGCGCUCACAUAGAGGUGAAAAACCAUACCAAUGUGAGCUCUGCCCAUUCCGUUGCAGUGAUCAAAGUAACUUGUCUCAUCAUCGUAGGCGCAGACAUAAACUUCUUCCUAUGAAAGGACGCAGGGCUUCAAUGACCAAUAAAAGAAUGAUGGGAAUCUUGCAGAAAAGGUCCAGCUACUCCCUGAGUUAUGGAAGAAGACCAAUUAUUAAUUUCAGUCCUCCACCAAUGCUGAUGCAGAAGACAGAUUAUCUUGAUGAGUUUUCGCACAGUAUAUCAGCCGAAUCUUAUGAGGCUCUGGGAAAGGCACAUAUUAGUGGCAUAUCAAAGGAUGUACAGGACAUGGUGGAUAAUCCAUUAAACCGGCUAUCCGCAUUAGCUGGCCAGUUUUCCAGCCUUGCACAUGAUGUCCAAACUCCAGCAUCUUCUGAUAUGGCAACCUGCAGGGAUGAAAAACCAUUUGUAAUACAACAGUGUAUAGCACCAACAAUUACCACUGUGGUCUCGAGUGUGGCACAAAGUUCAUCCAAUGCUAGCCCUGAUAGACAUCCAGUGCAUAACCAGAGAAACUUCAGUCCUGUUGCAGGUCCAAAUAGUGAGCGCAGUGCUCACAUGAGCUCACCUUGCAUGACAAACAGCCAACCUAGCACCCCUACUCUUCCAGUUCAAGUCCAGGAUCCACAGUUAUUGCACCAUUGCCAGCACUGUGACAUGUAUUUUGCUGACAAUAUCCUAUAUACCAUUCACAUGGGGUGCCAUGGCUAUGAGAAUCCUUUUCAAUGUAACAUAUGUGGAUGCAAAUGUAAAAAUCAAUAUGACUUUGCUUGUCAUUUUGCCAGAGGUCAGCAUAAGCAAAUUUAAUCUUAUUUGUAUUAAUAAACCAUUUAAAAACUAA